CAGAGAGCGUGCCACGUUGAUCUCCUCCUUCCUGUUCUCCUGAGAGAGAGAACGAUAGAGACAGAGUGAGAAAUCCAUCGUUCUGUGUUAAUUGUGAACGGAGUAAGUAAAAGGGAACGGAUGCUAUUAGAAGUAAAUUUAUGCAAUUAGAAACAGACGCAGCACUUUGCUUUGGUAUAACAGCUGUUCAUUUCUGGUUUUCCGAAUGAAGAUGCUUACGGACAUGAUAGCAGAGGAGUUCGAGAUGAAAGAGGAAGAACAGUGGUAUGAGCACCGAGAUCUGGAGCAUGAUCUUCAUUUGGCUGCUGAGCUGGGCAAAACCCUCCUGGAGAGAAAUCAUGAAUUGGAAGAAGGUCUCCAGGAGAUGUAUACCACCAACCAGGAGCAGCUACAGGAAAUCGAGCAUCUGUCUAAGCAGGUGGAAAUGCUCAGGUCAGUGAAUGAUCAGCAUGCUAAAGUCUACGAGCAGCUAGACGCCACUGCACGGGACUUGGAACAAAGCAACCAAAGACUCGCCAUGGAAAACCGUUCAGACCAGCUUAAGAUCGAGGGGCUCACAGACACCAUCAAUGAGCUACAGAGUCAGGUGGAGGAGCUGCAAAGAAAGAUCGAGAAGCUGACACCAGAUCUUCUGGAUCCUGAAAAGCCAGUUAUCAGCCAAUCAGACAAGUAUCCACCCAGUGAGCACUUCGUAUCUACAGGCACUUUGUCUCUAGAAGAACACCAGUGGGAAGAGGAGGAAGAUCACUCUGCACUUUUGCACUCCCUGCAGGCAGAGCUGCAUUUAGAGCGAACCCUGAGAGAGACGGCAGAGCACGAGGCCGAGGCUCUGGCCCGAGAGAUCAGUGAGCUGGAACCACGUGUGACUCUGCUGCAAGCCUAUAAAACUCGUCUGACUGAAGUUGAGGCUGAAGUCGAGGAACUCCGGCAGGUGGUGCGUUCGGAUUCAGCCUCGCGCAUCUUUCCGGAUGCUCUGAACUUCUAUUCAGAGGAGGACGUGAGUCAGAUGUGGGAGACGAGGCAAGCGCUGAGGUGCUCCAAGAGCGAAAGGCAGAUGCUGGAAGCUGGCAGCAAGGAUGAGGAGCUGAGACAUGGGGAGCACAUAGACGCCUAUAGGGGGCAUUUUGAGGCAGUUGAGAGCCAGGGUAUGUCACUGCUAAAUGAGGUGGACGCUCAGUACAGCGCCUUGAAAAGCAAAUACAAUGCACUUCUGCGCUGUGAAGAUCUGUCGCAGUCCCGGGUGCAGUGCGACAAAGCCGUGCAGACAUCCACAGCCAGUGAGAACUCGACCCGAAAUCCGGACAGACUCGCACGUCCUCAGGACCAAGCUCAGCUUCCUGAAUACAAAGUGCUUUUCAGUGAAAUUUUUACUUAUAUACAAAAGAGCAAAAAGGACUUAGAGAUAAACAGGGCCAUAUCAAGUUAAAAAAUGUUCAAUAUUAUGCAUUUUCCAUGUUCAACCCCUCAAGGCUGUUAGAUUCGUCCUCCAUAGAAAUCCCAGCAGGCAUCAGGUAUAAUAAGGCAAUGAGAAGAUUGCCUAGAUUAACAGAAAUCACAAAGGGAUGAAGAUAUUUAAAGCACAGCCAAGCUAGAACUUCUGAUCUCCCGUUUAAUAGCAUAUAUAUAUAUACCUAACUGAAAAUGAUUUCUGUAUAAGAUCAUGUACUGCUGAUGUGGUGCUAAAAAGGUAUACAGAAAAGGACUUAUUUGAAACCCUUCAUCUGGCUUUUAAGCGGUGGCAUCAAAAAGUUUCAAGACUAGCUGUUUACAAGAAAGUAAUUUAUUUAUCUACGGUUAAACAAUAUCACUUUUAAAAUAGUCCCCUUGCAAGGCAAUAGAGCACUUACAGUGUUCCUGCCACUUUUAGAAUACGUCCUGAAAGUUUUCUUUUCAAAAGUCUUCUUUUUUUGUGCUGGAUCUCUGCAAUGGUGUCAAAACAGCGAGCUGGAUCUUCAUCUGAAGGCCGAAGUCUGGCGAGCCAAUUUGGCGAGUAGGGUGGGUGCGGAAGUAAGAUGUUUCCGGUGAGAAACUAACAUGUGAGGAGAUCUCAGUGAUGGAGUGUGUACGUGGUAAUGCACGUGGUAGGGAUUGCACCAGUUGCACAGGUCCCCAUGUGCCACAACAAAAGGUGCAAGUGACUAGAAUCUCUGUAGCAUGAACAUUAACUUCACUGGAACUAAGAGGUUCAAACUCUGAAUAAACCCUUGUUCUACCAGAUAGUAAAGUGGGAUUCAUCAGUCCAGAAAAGACACUUAUACUGCUCUGGAGUCGAGUGGUACCAGCAGUGUAUAAUACCACUUCAGCCUAAAGCUAAAUGAUUGCUAAAUUCAUAAGCUGUUUAUAAGCACAGUCUGCUUCCUCCUUGUUUUGUAGUUGUCUUCGCUUGUGUUCAGAUCAUCUUUCUUCUGCUACCAGACAAACUUCUGACUAAACCAGCUCUUAUUAAAGGUCUCUGCUCUCGCAUGGACUCUUCCUUGUCUUAUCACUAUUACUCUUUCCCAGCCAAUCAUUCGGAAAACUCUUCUUACCACUGAUCAGUGUGGCAUAUAUACCUUGUUUUACUAAUAAUAAAGGGUGACUUUUGCCAUUUAGAUUUUAAGUGUCAAAUUCUCCUAAGGUCUUAGAGAAGAAAGUUUGCAGUGCUUUUUUUUAUCUCAACAGCUUGUUCUUCCAAUACUUCCAAUACAUAAUUUUUUUUUAGUAUAUGGAUAUAUAAGGUGUGUGACUGCUUGGCCAUGAAAACUGAGGAUAGUUGGGUUUAUUUUUUUGUACUACAUGGAGGAUAUAAAUCAAAAGAUCUUCCAAUUGAAAUACUUAAGUCACCUGCCCAUAUUUCCGUAAAAAAAGCAAUCAGCUCACAAAGACAGUUUAAACAAUGCUUUAUUUGCAUCUCUUUUUUUUAGCACAUUUCAACAUUUGCCAGGUCAUAACAGUUUGGGUGACGUGUCCAUUUCUUUCUGAAUAUGUGGAAUGAUUGAAAAUGAAUAAACAAGAUGUUGAUGCUAGAAAA